AUAAUCCAAUCAGAAAAGGAAAAAAAAUAUAUUAUAAUUAAAACAAGAAAAUGUCCCAAAAUAAUUCAUUUAAUAGCGAUGACUGGGAAAGUGAAUUUGAUGAAUUAUCUCGACCUAUUCCUGAUCAAGUUUUGAGUGUGUAUGAAGUGUACGUAAAAGGAGACAGUCCGCAAGAUGAAAGGAGUAAUAUCUCUAAUAUGUCUGGCGUUUCUAGUGGAAGUGAUCAAUCAUUGGUUCAGGAAUUUGAUUCAACGGAUGGAAUUGAUACCAAUGUCAUUAAAAUUUUUGGAAAGAAAAUAGAUCCGCAAUUGACCAGAAACAAAAUACAAUCAGAAGAGAAUAAUGAGUCGGUUCCCUUGUCGGAAAUUUCAUCAAAUGAUUCAACUUCUACACGUCUGAUUGAUAAGGAUGAUCCACGAUCACGACUUCAUUUUGUAAAAUAUCUUAAACGUGACGGAAAGACUUUAAAAAUAUGGGAGUGCGGUAUCUGUACUAAAGAAUUUCGACACCAGUAUACAUUGAUGAGACACUUGCCGACACAUACAGAUGAACGUAAUUUUAAGUGCGAAGCUUGCGGUAAAGCUUUUCGUCAACUUUCGACUCUGAGUCAACACAAAGCUAUUCACAGUGACGCAAGACCUUAUGUGUGUGAAUUUUGUAAAAAAACUUUCAACAGAGUUUCAACAUUGAUAUCCCACAGAAAAACUCAUUCUGAGAAUAAGCCUCACAAGUGUAAUGUUUGCGGCAAGGGAUUUCAUCAAAAAGGUAACUUGAGAAAUCACAUAUUUACACACACAAAUGAACGUCCCUAUAAAUGUGAUCUCUGCAACAAAGGCUUCAACCAAAUGUCCAAUCUCGUUUGUCAUAAAGUCAAGUCACAUGCUCAUGUAGAAAAAAUGCAAUACUCAUGUGGUAUUUGUGGCAAAGAAUUCCCAAGACGAUUCGCUUUGCGUUCACAUGAAGAAGCUAAUCACGGAAUUAAGUAUCGAAAUUCAUCGUCUUCUCAAUCACGUGUCAAUCAAUCAAAAAAAAAUAUACGGAUCGUUGAAUUGCCUAAUGCUAAUGCUAAUGAUAUUGAUAAUGACAAUAAUACUAGCAAUAGCAAUAGCAAUGACAAUGAUAAUGACAGUUUGCUUGAUAGUGAUGAUAGAGUUAAUAAAAAAGUUAAAGACAUUACUGGAGACGCGAUGGGAAUAGAUAAUAUUUUGGUUGAUAAAAUAGAUACUAAAGCUAUGGAAAGUACUAUUGUACAAGGACAAAUACCUUUUGCUUUGUAUAAACCGUCUGAAGGAAUUCCCGUUCUUGUUAAAGUUACUCAAGCUGGACUUAAUCAUCAUAUGCUAAUACCAGCAAGUCCUGAAGAUUUACGAGUAAGUGGUAAAAUAAGUCCAUCAUUGAAUUUAGAACUUGAUAAUAAAUCUGUGCAAGUUAAAGUCCCAGUGGUCGCAACAGUGACACAAGUUAUUGAUGAUCAAGGAAACUCGACAUUUAAAGUAGAACCGCCUUCAGAUUGUGAUCAAGAUCCAGAUGAAAUAUGUUCAACGGAUAAUUUAUUAGCGCGAUUGGAUUCACAAUUAAAUAAAAAUUUAGUUGGAGAAUAUGAGCAAUACAGUGAACCAAGUCGCAGUAGCUCAAUAAAUGAUUGCAAUGAAUUACUUGAACUUGCAGCCCAAGGUGGUAUUCAAUUUGUCCGGGCGACCGAGGACGGUCGUUAUGAAGUUAUGAGCAACACCGAGGCACGCGAUCUAAUGGAACAGAAUUCGCACGACGUAACGAUACUUGAUGGUGCUGAGGCUGAAGCUAUUAACAUAUUUAAUGCACGAAAUAACAUUACCGAUGAUGAUCAGAUGAUUGUUGAUGAUCAUAACGAUAAUCAGAUAAUGGUUUUGGAUGCUGGUACCACACAAAAACAUAUUUUAACUGAUGAUAUUGAGAUACAUGAUGACAAGAACAUUAGAAUACUUAAAUCAAAGGGUUUUGAUGAACGUUUUGUUACCGAUAUGCCUUAUUUUUCGGGUAAUAAAUUAAAUGAUUUUAUUGUUAGUAACAAAUCCAUGGGAUUUGACUCGGGAAUUUCAAUGAUAAACACCGACGACGAUUUGAUGGCUCCCCAUCAAGAUUUAUCAAAUAUAUUAGAGCACAGUGAUAUGUCAAUCCCAAUAAAUUCACAGCCCAUGUUGCCCCUAUUGGCAAAUAAAAAUGAUUCAAUGUCAAUAUUUGAAACCCUGUCGUAUUUAAAAACUGCUCGUGGAAUUACAGAUGACUACAGUACUCUAAAUGUCGAUGGUACAUGUAUGGAUAAUUCAAUAGACAAUUAUGACGAUAAGUUUGAUUUCAAUGAUACGAGUCUUUUGUCAAUGGCCCAAGAUAUGAAAUUAUUUAACGGACGAAUUAAUCAACCAACAAAAGUUGUUUUGCCAAGUUUUACAGAAAUGAAACUUCUUGGAUCAAAGUAUCAAGAGUUUGAGGCUGCUACGCAGUUACACGAUAUAAAGAUAUUUGGAGGUUAUGAUCAGUACUUGAGGCCUGUCAAUGGCUAUCAUCCUAUUGAUCAUACCAUCAAUAACAUAAAUACCAUAAAUAACAUCCCUUCUGUUAAUUCGGUUAAUCCUAUUCUGCCAACGGCAACAAUACACGAGUCAAUAGAUAUGCGCAAAGAUAUUAAAGUAUACCAGAACCAAGAUGCUUGUUAUGGAAACAAGUUAUUGGAUGAUUUACAAGAAGAAAUUUUUAUAAAGGUAGAAAAUGAAAUAGUCCCAGUAAGUUCUUUAUGGGACGAAUAUGAGAUCGAUAUAAAUAAUUAUUCUUACUCUCAUACAACUGAUUUAUUUUAUCCAGCCAGUACUUCUUUCUGCGAUUCCGAGUAUCUCAAUUUCAAGGCACGGAACGUUGAGAGUCCUAACAGCCAAACAAACAAAGUAUUUACCCUCGAUAGUCUACCAGACCUAAAUUGA